UGGCAUAUCAAUCACCCAAUUGGCGAUUUCAAGAAGCAAAAGCAGAAGAUAUUCUCAAUAAAUUCAGGCAAAUAAACAGCCAGUAGAAGAUCCAAUAGUAGCGGUGGCUCCUCUCACUCGAAUUUUCACAGACAACAACCCACAAGGUCAUGGACUUCACUUCCCCUUCCAUUGGCUUCAUCUUCAUCUUGGCCUUCAUCAUAUCCAUCCCGAGUUCACUUUCCGUACCGUUCAUUGUACUCCAUGGCAUUGGAGAUCAGUGCUCUAAUCGAGGAGUUAAACAGUUUACAGAGGAACUGAGGAACUUUUCUGCUACUGAAGGAUAUUGCAUAGAAGUUGGGGAUGGAACAUGGGAUUCCUGGUUUCUGCCUCUUGAGGAACAGACCAGAAUUGUUUGUGACAAGGUAAAAGAAAUGGAAGAACUGAGACAAGGUUACAACAUUGUUGGUCUCUCCCAGGGUAAUUUGAUUGGCCGAGGUGUUGUAGAAUUUUGCAUCGAUGGACCUCCUGUUAAGAAUUUUAUCUCUUUGGGAGGACCUCAUGCGGGUACUGCUUCGGUGCCUCUUUGUGGUUCUGGUAUAUUUUGCAUUAUUGCAAACAAGCUACUGAAAUCAGAGAUCUAUUCUGACUAUGUCCAAGCUCACUUGGCUCCCAGCGGUUAUCUUAAAUUACCAAAUGCAAUGGCUGACUAUUUAGAAAAAUGUAAGUUUCUUCCAAUGCUCAACAAUGAACGACCGGAUGGGAAAAACUCCACUCUCAAGGAAAGGUUUAGUAGCUUAGAGAACCUGGUGCUUAUCAUGUUUGAGCAUGACACUGUUUUGAUACCUAAGGAGACCUCAUGGUUUGGUUAUUACCAAGAUGAUACCUUCAAAUCAAUUUUAAGUCCACGACAGACCAAUCUCUAUAAGGAGGACUGGAUCGGUUUGAGAGCCUUGGAUGAAGCUGGAAGGGUCAAGUACAUCAGUGUUCCAGGAGGUCAUCUCGGAAUCUCCACGAGCGACAUGAAGAAGCAUGUGGUACCUUACUUGAACAGUUCAGCAUCAACAGAGAUUGGAAAAAAGGAAGGUAAUGAUCCGAGAAUGAGUGGAGUUCAACAUGGAAUGCCUCUUUUGGAUGAGAAAGCAUCAACUGAACUUGUUCUAGAAGGAUCAUCAUCAUACAGAUGGCCCUUACCAGUCAAGACUUUGUUCAGUGAACUUCUUGGGCUAACAGAAGACGAGUCACUGCCUUAGCCUUGACUAAAGAUUAAUUAUUUGGUGAACUCAAACAAUAAACUCAAAAAUUAAGCUAUAUGUACAGUAAUUGAAAUUUAUUCCUUGCCUGUCACUGAAAUGGUUAUACUAUCUCUGUAAAUAAAAUUGCUUGCGAUUGUUACCACAACAUA